CGACCGCCAAUCGCCUCGAUAUGCAUGAUUGCGGAGCCAAUCUACGUGGUCGUCCACAUGCGCUAUUGAGUCCCCGAACCAGCGCAUGGAUCCCGAGGAACGAGCCCGGAAAAAGAAAGCACAUCUGCUGCGGGGCUGAACUUAUUAAUUCAGCAUGUCAGCUUCUCCGUCUUCCGGUUCGUUCCCUACAUGAAAGCAUCCGCAAAGUGAUGUGCCGGUCGGCUCUCUGGGAACACAUCUGAGACAUGGGUCUUCGAACAUGGGUAAGAAAAUGGUUCCACUCGGAUCGGUCGGUCAGGGGAGUUGAAAAUGGCUCUGCUUCGCCAUCGCCUACCGCUGUCGCUCGUAAGCCAGCUUCGCAGGCAGUGGUUGUGAAUGGUAGCAAGUGUCGGGAGACACAUCCCUCAUCAGAUAAUGAGGGGGAAAGCAGGGCUCAGAGAGCACGUGGACUAGAUUCGCCCUCACUAUGGGACCGGGCGUAUGACUCUGUGGAUUCCAAACUGGUCCAGAAGUACGAGAAACUACUCUCCACAAAUCUGCAGACACCUGGUGGUACUGCUGAGGAGCACGUUGACUUGGACCAUGUCGCCAACAGGAUUGAGCGACAAGAUGCAAAGACCCGUCAUGACCAGAUGAAGCAGGUUACUGAAAACUGCUUGCAACGUCUUGAUGAAAGAGACCUGAAAUACCACAUCGGCAGUCGUGAAUAUAACUUGGAAGACCAGGUUGCCAAGACCGUUCAGGUGUUGCAGAACAUGAAAGGUUUCAUCGACGAAGCAGUUAGAGCGUCUCCGGAGGCAUCGCUUGCCUGGGCUAGCGUUUGCCUCUUCCUACCGAUCAUCACGAGCCCUCUCGCGGCAAAGCAAGCUAACGAGGAAGGAUUCACCUAUGUCACUUCUCGAAUGAGGUUCUAUGUCGCUCUAGAGGGAUUGCUAUGGCCAAGCAACUGUAAAGACAAUUCCGAGUCCUUAAAACAAGUGAGAAUAGAGCUCGAGGCAACCAUUGUGAAUCUUUAUAAGCACAUUCUCAACUUUCAGAUGAGAAGCGUCUUGCGGUGCUACGAGAGACGUGGCUUUAUCUUCCUUCGCGACUUGGUACAGUAUGAUGGUUGGGAAGGGAUGGUGAAUGAAAUCACGAAGCUCGAAAAGCGUGUGGAAAGUGAUUCCAAGCAGCUGAAUCUCAACACAUCUAGAAUGCUUUUUGAGAGUAUGGAGGAAUCUAUGAGCAAAUACACUGGUCUCAUGGAGAACCUGCAAAGUUUGUCUGAGAAGCAGCUCGAAAUCAGCAAGCAACAGCUUGCAGUCAACAAGGAACAACUUACAUUCCACGAACGGGCCGAGAGAAGGAAGCAGUCCGAGAGGGAAUCAGAAUGUCACCAGCUGUUCCGACUAGCCCGUGAUGACAGGGAUAGCUCGUAUGAGUGGUACAAGAACCUGGUAGAAGAUGCGAUUGAUGGAACGUGCGAAUGGUUUCUUUCAAGGGAAGAGUUUCAAUCCUGGGAACAGGGACAGUCGGGAAUCUUAAUAGUCUCUGCUGAUCCCGGAUGCGGGAAGUCGGUUCUUGCCAAGCACCUAAUCGACAAAAGACUAGCUGAAUCGUCGACUAUCUGUUAUUUCUUCUUCAAAGACCAACUACAGAACAGGGAAAACCAAGCACUAUGCGCUUUAUUGCACCAACUCUUUUCACAGAGGCCCCAGCUUAUCCGACAUGCAAUGCCCGAAUAUCGGCAAAAUGGCCACAGCCUUGUGAAAGUAACAUCAGCACUGUGGGACAUUCUGUGGAAAGCAACAAGUGAUCCUGACGCAGGUUCGGUGGUAAUUGUUCUGGACGCCCUGGAUGAGUGCAUCACAGAAGAAAGGUUUGACAUGAUUAACAAGUUGAACCGCACACUCAGUGAGAAUACUGGUCUGACUGGAAAGACCAAGUUCCUUUUAACCACCCGACCAUACUCGCAGAUAACAUCUAAAUUCGACGAGCUUGUGGAGAGGUUCCCUCAUGUUCACAUACCAGCAGAGAGUCAGUCAGAGAUGAUAAGCCAGGAGGUGAAUCGUGCCAUUGGCCGGAAGGUUGGCCAACUGACGAAGCUCGGUCCAAAGGCCAGGGAGUACCUUCAGGAAAGGUUGCUCGCCAUUGAGAACCGCACGUACCUCUGGGUGAGUCUGGUAAUCAAAUACAUCGAGACUUCGAGCAUCCCAAACACCAAAUAUGGAGUUCGCAAGGCUCUCAAUAUACUCCCAACGAGUGUCAACGAAGCAUACGAGAGAAUCCUCAGCAAAUGCGAUGGUGGGGACGGGGCUUCCAAGGCCCUGAACCUGGUUCUGGCAGCGGUCACUCCCCUAAGCCUCACUGAGAUGAACAUUGCUAUGAAUGUCGAUGGAUCAACAAAGUCCCUCGAGGACUUGGAUCUCGAAGAUGACAAAGACUUCAAGGCCAGGCUGAGGGACAUGUGCGGGCUCUUCAUUUCAAUAUACGACGACAAAGUCCAUUUCAUUCACCAAACCGCUCGAGACUUCCUUGUGAAGAAACAACACGAAACAUCCAAAACCGGUCGCAGUUCCUGGAACGGCACUCUCAACUUGCAGAAUGCGCAUCUAGCCCUUGCAGAGAGUUGUAUUUUCUAUCUCGACUCGGACAUCGCCCUGGAGCAUCGCCAGUUCUCGCAAUAUGCUGUGCGAAACUGGAUACAUCAUCUACGCGAAUCACAAGCGGUGCCUCAAGACGAGCUAGAGGCUUCGGUACUUCAGCUCUGCGAUCCAAGUUCAGAUAUUCAUAUACGCUGGCCUGGGCUCAUGGGCGAAAUAGCCCCUCUGUGUAACAAGGAUCCUUUAUGGACAGCCAUCUGUCUUCGACUUGGUAAUGUCGUUGAAAUGCUUAUCAAGCAUAGUGAUGUGGACUUCGAAUCAAAACACUUCGGAGAGUGCACGCCAUUGGCAUAUGCUGCAAAGGAGGGCUAUGAGGAUAUUGUUCGAAUCCUACUUGCAUCAGGAAGGGUUCACGCAAAUGCGCGAGUGGCACAUAAACAGACACCCGUUAUGCUUGCUAUCAGAGGAAAGAAGGAAGCCGUCGCAAAAGUGCUUCUGAGGGCAAGUGACAUUGACCUUGGCGCGAGAGAUGAAACCGGCCGAUCAGUCUUGUCAUGGGCUGCGAUGCGGGGAUGUGUUUCUAUCGUGCAAUACCUUUUGGCCUGCGACGAUGUGGACCCAAAUGUAGCGGACAGGAGUGGGAAGACCCCGCUUUUCUGGGCUGUUGUCCAGGAUGAGAUACUUGUCGUGACACUUUUGUUACAGUCGUUUAAGGUUGACCCAAAUGUCAAAGAUAAAAGGGGAAGAACGGCUUUAUCGUGGGCAACCAAGCACGAACAAGUCUCCAUUCAAGAAUUGUUAUUGAGGUCAGCAAAGACUGAUCCGGACCUAUCCCUUCAAGACGAGUGAUUACGUCUACUCUUUUCUGUGGGACAUGGGCCAUCCUUUAUAUUGGACUUCGAUCCUGCUCAAUGAGACACAUCGAGGAAACCGUUCUGUCGUAUGGUUUAGGUUAGGUUAAUACUUCUAUCGCUACUAGACAUCUGGGUCAUGCCACUACUUUCAUAUCACAAUCUGAUUGCAGUUUUUCUUUUGUUUGCUCUCGGCCGGAAUCAUCGAUAGUUCUCUUAUUGCCGCCCAAAUCCCGUGUACCGAAGAUCUGCCUCAAAACGUGGGGAAGCGGGAUGCGGAGAGCGGGGUACACAUGACUCGGCACUAUUAACCGAGACACUGGUUUUAUCCGAUUGGGC